CUCACGCCGCUCUCGACGCUGGACCCCCCCUCGCAAGAGCGCACCUGGCAGACGGCCCCGCACCCGCGCCUCCCCAUCGUCGCGACCUGCAGCGCCGACAAGACCAUCCGGAUCUACUCGCUCACCAACUUCCGGUUGUUGUCGACCAUCACCGGCGGGCACAAGCGCAGCGUGCGCACCGCGGCGUGGAAGCCCCACGUGACGGGGGAGAGCGUGCUGGCCAGCGGCUCGUUCGAUGCGACGGCGGGGAUCUGGCGGCGGUGGGAUAACUACACCUCCUCCCGAAUUCAAACGCAAUCACAGGGGAAUGAGGAUGGGGACGCAGCGUGGGGAACAUCCACCUCCAACCCCGACCCAUCCGAAGAUAUCCCCGAGGCAAACGACGAGGACGACGAAGAAUGGCGCUUCGCCGUGCUACUGGAUGGCCACGACAGCGAAGUCAAAUCGGUGGCGUGGUCGGCCUCCGGGAUGCUGCUGGCGACCUGCUCGCGCGACAAAUCCAUCUGGAUCUGGGAGGACCUGGACGACGGGGACAACAACUUCGAGACCGUGGCAGUGAUGCAGGAGCACGAGGGCGACGUCAAGUGCGUGGCGUGGCACCCCGCCGAGGAGUGUCUGGUCAGUGGCAGCUACGAUGAUACCAUCCGCGUGUGGCGCGAGGAUCUGGACGAUUGGGGCCAGGUCGCUUGUUUGCGGGGCCAUGCGGGCACGGUCUGGGGGGUGGAGUUUGAGGGUCUUGCGCUGGGGGUGUCUUCCCCGUCCGGGGAGGGUGAAGAGGAGGCGAGGGCGUUGUCUGGGCCGAGGAUCAUCUCGUGCUCGGAUGAUCGCUCGGUCAGGGUGUGGAGGAGGCAGCCCAAGUCGGGCAUGACGACGGAGUUGGGUGCCGGCAAUAUGCCCAGUAUUAUUCGGCCGACGGGGUUGGAUGAGAUCUGGGAGGAGGAGGCGGUGUUGCCCUUGGUGCAUGAUUUGGCCGUGUAUUCGGUGGCGUGGAGUCGGAGGACUGGGUUGGUUGCUUCGGUUGGCGCGGAUGGGAGGGUCGUGAUUUAUGAGGAGAGGCGGGUUGAUGAUGCACAGGUUAGGGAGGAUCCCAAGGUUUCGCUGUCGCUGCUCCCCCCGACGGAGUGGGUGGUCGUUGCAGUCCUCAACGGCGCGCAUGGCAUCUACGAGAUCAAUCAUGUGGCGUGGGCGAAGCGGGCGGAUCGGGGUCGCGAUCCCUCUAAGGAGGAGGAGGUGCUCAUCACGACGGCUGAUGAUGGCAGUGUCAAGGUGUGGACGGUGCAGCAGUGA